AUGUCUUCUGGAUUCGCCAGCAACGGCCUUUAUUGGCAAACACAGGCACCCCUGCAAAAGGGCAAUCCCACCAUUCUUUUCAUCCAUGCUUCGUGGAUGUCCUCAACCAUGUGGGAAGAGACUGUCCAGCUUCUCGCCCCACAGCUGCCAAAUGUCAACCUCCUCCGCAUCGACUUGAACGGCCAUGGAAAGACCACCGCCGGCCGCAAGGAAUAUACUCUCUGGAAUCAAGCUGAGGAUGUCCUUGCUCUCUUGAAAGAACUCGAACUCUCGAAAGUGAUGAUCGCCGCCAUCUCCAUGGGCUCGAUGAUUGCCCUCCGCCUGGCUCUGCUCGAUCAGGCCAGAUUCUCGGGCCUCGUUCUCCUCGCCUCCAACGCAUCAGCCGCGACUGACGCUCAACGUAGCGCAUUCUACCAGCUUCGCGAUAUCUGGGUUGCGACACCUGCUCCCAGCGAGCAGAUCAUGAAUGCUGCUAUCCUCAGCUGGGGCGGGAAUCCUGAUGUCGACAGCCCGCGUGCGACUCGGAUCAAGCAGGACUGGAUCCAGCGCCAUUCAGGCGCUGAGAAUGUGGAGCCUACGCUGAACUCAAUGAUGGAGAGGGAUGCGCUGCUUGAUCGACUGGGGGAGAUUCGUGUUCCAGUUCUUCUGAUUCAUGGCGAAGAUGAUAAGACGUAUCCGCUACAGGAUGCCAUGGAGAUCAAGGAACGGCUGGUUAACGCGGAUGUGCGCUUGGAGGUUGUCAAGGGCGAGGGUCAUCUGUUGAUCCACUUGAGGGAGGCUAAAGACGUGGCUGAGUGGAUUCAGGCGUUUUCGCAGAGAGUUUUUGGAUGA